GCUGCCUGACACGAGCCCAGCAGACCAGCACCAACCCAGUCAGUCCCAUCCUGCGUUCCCUGUUGGGCCUCAGCCAUUACUGACAGCCCAACAGUUAGCCUCAGCAGUAGCAGGGGUGAUGCCAGGAGGCACUCCAGCUCUGAAUCAGCCAAUCCUUAUUCCUUUCAACAUGGCUGGGCAGCUGGGGGGCCAACAAGGACUCGUCCUAACUCUACCUACAGCAAAUCUCACCAACAUCCAAGGGCUGGUAGCAGCAGCUGCAGCAGGAGGCAUCAUGACUUUGCCAUUGCAAAAUCUUCAAGCUACCUCAUCCCUGAACUCCCAGCUUCAACAGCUUCAGCAUCUUCAGCAGCUCCAGCAUCAACAGCAGCAGCAGCAACAAGGUCAGCAGCAGCAACAGCAGCAGCAAAGCCAGCAGCAGCCACAAGGUCAGCAGACGCAGACUCCACAGCCACCCCAGCAGACCCAGCAGCCACAGCCACAGCCAUCAGCGCCACCGCAGCAGAACCAAACACAGUCCCAGAGCCAGAGCCAACCACCUCCGGCUCCACAGUCCUCCAGCUCCCCUCAUAAACCCAGCCAGUCACCAGGACAUGGCCUUCCAUCUCCUCUUACUUCACCAAAUCCAUUGCAGCUGGUUAAUAAUCCGCUAGCAAGUCAAGCAGCAGCAGCUGCAGCAGCAGCAGCCAUGGGCUCAAUAGCAAGCUCCCAGGCCUUUGGUAAUGCCCUCUCCAGUCUUCAGGGGGUCACAGGUCAACUCGUCACUAAUGCACAAGGACAGAUUAUUGGAACAAUCCCACUGAUGCCUAAUCCAGUCCCCUCCAGCCAGGCGGCAGGCGGAGCUCAGGGACUUCAGGUGCAGCCAAUAACUCCACAGUUAUUGACCAAUGCCCAGGGUCAGAUCAUCGCCACCGUCAUCGGCAACCAGAUACUCCCAGUGAUCAAUACCCAGGGAAUAACACUAUCGCCGCUCAAACCAGGCCAGCAGCUUCAUCAGCCCUCCCAGACGCAAGUGGGACAAGCAGCCUCACAACCCAAUCUCCUGCAUUUGGCUCACAGUCAAGCAUCUAUGUCUCAAAGCCCAGUGCGUCAGGCUUCCUCUUCUUCCUCCUCAUCCUCCUCCUCUUCAGCUUUGAGUGUUGGCCAGUUAGUCAGCAAUCCUCAAACAGCCAGUGGAGAGGUGGAUGGGGUGAAUCUGGAAGAAAUCCGAGAAUUUGCCAAAGCUUUUAAAAUCCGGCGCCUGUCCCUUGGCCUGACACAGACUCAAGUUGGCCAAGCCCUAAGCGCCACCGAAGGCCCAGCCUAUAGCCAGUCUGCCAUCUGCAGACACACCAUCCUGAGAAGCCACUUUUUCCUACCACAGGAAGCCCAAGAGAACACUAUAGCUAGCAGUCUGACAGCCAAACUGAAUCCUGGCCUUUUGUAUCCUGCCAGGUUUGAAAAGCUGGACAUCACCCCUAAAAGUGCCCAGAAGAUAAAGCCGGUGCUUGAGCGGUGGAUGGCUGAGGCUGAGGCCCGCCAUCGAGCAGGUAUGCAGAACCUUACCGAGUUUAUCGGAAGCGAACCAUCCAAAAAGCGCAAGAGGCGUACCUCAUUCACGCCACAAGCCCUUGAGAUCUUGAAUGCCCACUUUGAGAAGAACACGCACCCCUCUGGGCAAGAAAUGACAGAGAUUGCAGAGAAACUGAACUAUGACCGGGAAGUAGUUAGAGUUUGGUUCUGCAAUAAGAGGCAAGCACUGAAGAACACAAUUAAACGUUUGAAACAACACGAGCCUGCGACAGCAGUUCCUAUGGAGCCUUUAACAGACUCUCUGGAAGAAAACUCUUAAAAACAAAACAAAACAAAAUCACACACAAAAAAACCCGCACCAACAGAAACGUAACCAUUCGAACUCUGUGAAAAUACCUGUUCAUCACCCUUGUAAGUAAAAGACUGAGAAAACUACAAGAAGGACAGAACAGUUUGUAAAUGUCCGUGGGUUUUCCUAUUUAAAAAACAAAACAAAAAAAAAAAAUACACAACACUUAGUGUGUGUGUGUGUCGUAGAAUUAGUUCCCAAAAAAAAAAAAAAGAAAAAGCCAGUUUUUUUAAAUGGACUUAAAGUAAACCAAAUAACUGCUUACUUUUUUUCUGUAUAUUAUGAAAAUGUGAACACAUUUUAAGGAAAAAAAAAAAACACAAAAAAAAACACAAAAAAAAAGAAAAAAACUUUUAUCUGUUUAAAAGAGAAUAGAAGCCUGCCACCUGGAGGAGUAUCCAGGUAUCAAGUGCUGAUUCACUAUGAAAACUAUUAACCAAAGUCAGAAACAUGGCAUUGCAAACUAGAUUGUUAGUCUACUCUUUUAUGAGUGUGAAAUUGUGUUACAAAUUUUUACAUUUGUAUUUUGCAAAGAGGAAAACAACAGGAUUAAUUUCUCUCAUCCUUGGUCGCACCCCCUGCAGGUGUGUACAAACAGGUGUUAAAGCCAUUCCAUAGCGGUCACCUCCUUUUCUUUCCAUUUCUUUUCAACAGUUUUGCAAUCUCCAAAUGUUUGGGUGCCAAAAAUAAUUUAUUUUUAUCGUGAUUUGCAGGGUUUGGUAUUUCUCUUCUAAGGGUGUAUGUCUUGGUUUGCAUUUCUUUUUUUUUUUUUUUUUGUUAUUCUUUUUGCUGGCUCCCCCUUCCAGCGCAUUCUCCACCCCUUCCCCAAAUGCACAUAACCCAGUACUGUUUGAAGAUUUUUAAAAAGAAAAGUGAAAGCUGAACACUUUUAUAUUGAUAUGCUGAAAUGCAAUAGAGGACAAAGAAGGUUUAGGAUUCUGUCUGAUGAACUGUCAGCCCACGCUGAACAUUGUGCUUAUUGUCGACUGCGUAGCUUGGGAUUUCUCUGUCCUUUGGCCACGAACCUGGAGAGGUUACCAAAACUCAUUUUGUAGUAUAAACAUAAACUGCACACUUGGUUCAGUACUGCAUCUAUAUUAUGGUUCUGUUUGAAGCAAUUCCUCUCCAAAGUCUGUUAGCCAAAGAAAUCUCUUGAGAUUUCUUGAGAUUCUGAUGAAAACAAACGGAGAGGCCGAGAAAUGAUGAGGAUGUUUUGGUCAUUACGUCACUAUGGACUGUUUCAGUGGUAGUGCUUUGUUCCUUCUGCCUGUUUGUUAUGUCAUCCCAAUAUUAACGCUUGCCCUGUUGACCUCUUCAGGAGGAGGAUGUGUUUCUGCAGGUGUUUGCUGUGACCACUGGCUAGACUAAGCAAUCAGGAUAUAGGAAAACCCAUUGAAUAUCCUGUGGGAAUAGUAAGGUGGGUCACCUGCAAUAUGUUUCAGGUGAAUUGAUUUUCCUUUAAAUACAACUUAUCUCUGUGGCGUCUUUUUUGACUGGACAAGCACCUUGUAAAAUCCUGUGGUCACUGGACCUGCAAGUAUAACAAGGCUCAGAGGUAGACAAAGGUGUUGCAGGUUGUCAGCGGGGUAUGGGCUGAACUGUGAAGGGCACCUGCGAUUUUCAUCUUCUGCUGAGUUCUGCUCCAGCCUUUGGGGUUCAGCCCACUAUUAGGGUAGAAGCUGAAUCUCAGUCAGAACUUUCCAAAAGAUAACACUGGGGAUUUGGUUCAGCUCUCUGUAGAGCUGGGAGAGUAAAAUUCUGCUGGUGAAACUCCUGAUUGCGUUCACUAACCUCAGGAUGGUUGUGACGAAUUUUUGCUGGUCUACCCAGGAUGUUGAAGGAGGUUCCUGAAACACCAGAGUCUUCAAAUAACACCUCUCUUACAGAGUUUUCAAAAACUCAAGUCCAUACCCAAAACUUAGUGAAAGAAAGAGACUUCCAUUGAUUUCACUGGGCUUUGAAUCUGGCCCUCGCUAUUUUAUUAAUAGGAUUUGUCUUGUAGAAUGGGGUAUUUGCUGCAUGGCUGGUGGAGUUUCAAGGCUUCGGACACCAUCAUCUGUGCCAGAAACUGCCUCUAAAUGUGAGCACUCUCAAAGGUCAGGUUUGGAGAGCACUGAGGAUCCAGUACUCCAGGCUGGGCUCGUGUCCAGCAAAUGCAUUUCAGCUUUAAGCUUCAGCAGGGUAUGUUUAAGCAUAUUUUCAGUAUUGCUUUUAUGAGGAGGAGAGUGAGAAUUGUUAUUGACUCUUUUCCGACUGUUGAUAUAUAAAUAUGUGCCGUGGGGAAAAAAAAAACACCUCAGUAACCACAGGCAAAUUGUGAGGGACAAAAAAGAUGCCCAAGGUGAGCAUGCGAAGUGAGAGCGCCUCACAGCAACCUCUGCCCCUCUGGGUCUUCUUUUUGCCUCUCUAUCCACAGAUGCCUAUACCCACAGAUACAUCUAUGUUAUUUGGAAGCGGACACUCUUAAAGUCCUACCCGUGUCUCCAGUACACUGCUAAUUGUCCAGUUAUUAAUGCCACAUACACGAUUACCUGUUCAGCCACCCUUGAGACCGUACCCCACCCCUCCACCCCCAUCAUCAACAGCCUGGGAACAAAACCAUCAACCAUUCUUUGCCUAAAAACUAAAUUUCCAAUUCUCCCAGGGACUGCUCUAAAUUUUGGAAGAAAGAAAAUCCCCCAAGAAGAAAAGUUAACUAAACAGCGUAUGAAAGAUACUAAAUGUUUAAAAAUAUGCUGGCAGCAGUUAUAUAAGCUCUCUUCUGUUCAGAGUACAUAUCGGGAGGAUAUAACUAGGACAGGGAAAAUGUAAAAUAAAUAUAAAUCGCCAGCUUGGAAGAAAAAAUGAUGUUCAUCCCACAGUCUUAAAACCAUUCAUGUGCAGAGAUUUUUUUUACAGUUUUCUAAUUUUGUAUUGUGUUUUGUAAAUUAUUUAUAAAGUGUUGUAAUGCUUCUUAUAUUAAUUUUUUUAUAAACAAAUUUUUGCUAUGAGGCAUAAAUGGUGCCUGAACAGAUUCUUAGGAAGAUAAAUGAUGUGCAAGUCAUACAUCUUGGGGGAGGGCCAUAAAUAUUUUGCUUUAUUUUGUUACUGGCAACAUUUCCAGUUUCCAUUUGUAAAAAAUUUUCAUGUGUUGAUUACAUUUGAAUACCUUUUAAUUUUGCAUGUGACUAAAAGAUAGAUUGCUACCAGCAAAUGAAACAAAAGUCUCUUCAGUCAUAUGUGAAGGUUUAAUGGUUUUCCAAUUUAUUGAUCACUGAAUUUUUUUAAAUAUAUAUAUAUAUAAACUUAUUAUUUGAAUAAUGAACCAAGGAUUCACUUACUGUUCUGAUUUUGACUUUUUAUGUUUUUCACUGAAAAGCUAUUUUGGACAGUUGAGGAAAUCAAAUGCAUUCAAAUGGUUCCAGUU